CUAUAUUGUUCUUCAAUGCUUGCUACUUGACAGUAGAUGAGGAAUCGUGUUAAGAAAUUUUGUCCGUUAUCGAAUCAGUUUGGCAGACAUUACGCUCAGGGGUGUGUGCUCCUUUACGGUCCAAGAGAUGAAAAAUUUUCCGUUUACGUUUCACGAAAAUUAAAACCUUUGUACAAAGUGAUCUAAUUCGUUAUUUUUUUAAUGGGGGUAACAUUGAUUUUGUAAACAUUGCAUGACAUUUACUUGUGCUCGUCAUCGUCCAAAAAUACCGAGUGGCGAAAUAGAAAGACUGACUAACGUGAAAGUGUAAGAACAGAGUCUUCAAUUUACAAUCGUAAAGGAUGGAUAAAGCAAAGGCAUUACAUGGUGGAAGUAAAUUGCCACCUCUUCGGGGCUUAAAUGAUUUCCUUCUGGAACCGUCACGUUUCCAGCUACCCAAUUUUAAUGAUUUUGAGAAAUGGGGUAACAGAGUAGUAAAUAAUCUAAUAUACUAUCAAACGAAUUAUCUGUAUAUGUCGAUAAGUAUUAUGCUUAUUGUGGGAUCAAUGAAUCCAUCAAAGCUAUUCGUUGGUCUGUUAUCAAUGGCAGCUAUAUGUGGUCAAUGUCUAUUUCUUUUUACCAAUAACGAAGAAAUAUGCAAAAUUAAGAAACAAUAUCCACAACUUCAAAUCAUAUUUCUUGUCGUCUGUGCAUUUUUUGUAAUUUACACUAUAAAUUCAAUUCUUGUACUGUUAUUUGGCAUUUUAUUGGCAUUUUGUGUGACUUUUAUACACGCAUCGUUGAGAUUAAGGCAUAUUAAAAAUAAGUUUGUCAACAAAAUUGAGGGUAUGGGAUUGGAACGUACGCCAAUGGGCAUAUUCUUAAAAUAUUUUGGUAUGAAAGAAGAAUUCCUUGAUUAAGUUUUUAUUACUCGGUUACGAAAAAACGUACUUCCAAGGUGUGACCUUACGUGCACAGACAACUUAUACCCAAUCUCUUCAGUAAUAUUUCCUCCUAACGACUGUUUGCCAGUGAUUGUACUUAUUAAUUAAUUGGUGCUACCCUAAUUCGCUGGAAAAGUGCUUAUGGAUAAAUAUUGCAGUGAAAGUUAUGUACUGAAAUUUUUACAAUAAAUUAAAAAAAUAUGUAAUAAAAUUAUCCAAUAUCUUUUACAUUUAUAAAAUAAUAUGUAAAUGCAUAUAAAUUGAAAUCUGAUAUCAAUGAAAUGUUUAUGAAUAUAUAUGACUUGUACGAUUUAUGGAUAUAUAU